CMAGAGGUCCUUGUCGACAUUUGGAACACCACACAGUACCCUUUCGACCAACGGCGAGAGAGACAGCUGCGGGAUUACAUGGAGUAUCGUGGCAUCCGGAAUAACAGAGAGGUGGGAGUUAGAGUGYCGGAGGAUGACGAGGUGCAGGAUGUUUUGGACAGGGAGGGGGCGGACAGCGAGGGAGGACASUGUGGCGGCGAGGACGAUGAGAUGGACAGGGGGGCGGAGGUUGAGGGCGAGGGACCGACGGAGGACGCUGGUGAGGACGAARUUCAGGAGUUAGAAGCGUCCCUUCAGGGGGGAUCAUUGAAGGCAYGAUGCACUGCUCAUCAGACAAGGACUCGUGCGCCUAUGGAUGGCCAUGGGAAGAGGAGGGCGGACACCGCUCYUGCGGCACGCGUGCCGGACCCGAAACGUUUGAAGCAGGUCAGACUGGAUGAGAUGUACGACCCGGAGUGGCCGACCACCUUCGACCAUCUCUUCCUGCAGUGGUGGUAUAUUGGUGGUGUCCCAUUUGAGAGGGCGAGGAUGCCCGAGUACAGGGCCCUCACGAGACAUUUGCAGAACAUGCCCCGGGGCAUGAAGCCUACUUUGCCCCACUUCAAGCGCACAGCAGGCAGUGGCAUACAGGAGGAGCGUGCGUACAUAGCUGAUAAGCUACGUGACAUACGCGAGCAGAUGCAGCACAUAGGGGCUGUCAUCCUCACGGAUGGGAGGAAGUCCCUGAACUCUGAGCCCAUCGUGAACUUCUUGUCAGCAGGACAGUCGGGCGCCUUCCUUUUCACGACGUUGGCCGAGGAGAUUCGGAAGUUGGAGUCGACGAGACCUCGCCUGGUUGGCAUGCAGCAGGAUUGUUACGCUCACGAGAUGGAGGCAGAGCCGUGGACGGACCCGGAGGACUUGGAGCAGAGAGGCAGUGACACACCUGAUGUUGGUGACGAGUCCGGUGGAGAGAGUGAUCAUGAGGCUGCCAGUGACAUGCGUUCGCGGGAUCGGCAGAGCCAUUGUGAUGUUGAUCGCAUGACCCCUCCCUGGACUAGGAGUGUGACGGAUAGAGGGCGCAAGCAGACACAGGUUGUGCGAUCGUCGAGUGAGGACGAGGGAGGUGACAAGUCUGACGACGGAGAUGCCGCUGAUGACGAGGACUCCGACGUCGAGAGAGAGGGACCUGACCAGGACAGAGGACACGGGGACGAGCAUGGAUUCGAUGGCGGUGACGGUAGUGGGCCGAUUGAGGACAGAGCGGGUGGCGCCGUCCUUGUUACUCCUUGCCCCAGUGCAGUGGGCGGGGGCGGUAGUGGCGGACGUGAAUUUGGUUUGGAGGUACCACAGGGAUCGAUUCCCUCAGACAUUUUCAGUGACGACUUCGACCUUGGACGUCCACCCACUUCGGAUGCUCUGCGCGACGGGGUGCGUGUUCAGACACCGGUGAGCGAAGUCGCACACCUCAUAGGGAGGGCAGGACUGGUGACGACGUCGGUCGUGUUGCCAGUAGGCUUACAUAUGGACCCCGAGGACGUGCUUGAGGAGGAGCGUUUGACACGGAUGGUGUCGGGGUGUGCCACGACACAGCGGCUUGCGUUGGAGCAGGACACGGCCAGGGCGAGGGAGAUGGGGUGUAGUGUACAGGAGGUCACUGCCGCCAGACUAGCAGCAGAGUGUAGACACGAUGGUCCUGCAGAUGUUGCAGAUGAUGGAGGACUCUGCACAGAGGGACACGUGGUGGAUCGUGCGGACGACCACCAGGAGGACGCGAGGGUAGGGUUGCGUGGUUUACGUGGGGCCAGGGACACGGUACUACCCAGUACUGAUGAGGCGGACGGGGGCGACGGUGCGGCCACGAACGACACAGGGGGUUUGCUUGGGUGUGAUCGCACGGAGGUGGAGGGGCAGUUGGAUAGAGCACUUGUCGGCAUUGCCGUUGCCGCAAUGGAGGAUGUGGUCGCAAAUCACACUCAGGAUGGUCUUAUCGUGGUGGAUGCUAUGGUUGCACAUCGCAGCGAGGAGAAGCGACAGGUGGAUCCCGGUGACGUUGUUGCACACCCUGUAGAGGCACACGUGCCCAGCAUGUCCCCACUCGAGCGCCACACUGCUGGGAUUGAUCCAGUGAUGGGCAGGAGCAGGCAUAUAUCAAAGAGGCUUUGGAAGGCUGUGCCUCCAUCUUCUUUCGUGCCUGUUAGUCCGCCAGCACCCUCGGGGGUAUCGGGGGAUAUUGGGAAGACUAUGGAGAUGGCCGGCUUGUUCGAGCAGUUGACAGGUCAGAGGGUUAUCGAGCCGGGAGGGGUAUCAUGGGGAGCAGGGCCAGUUGCUGCAGGG